AACAAUUAUCCAUUCCAUUCCCUUCCCUUUCAUUUCCCUCCAAUGAAUUCAUCAUCGAAACAACAAGAAUGGGGAGAAAAGAUUUCACAAACAGUUUUCACAGCAUACAACCGUCUUCCCAAAAAAGGAAAGCCUCAAGGCCGUGAAGUCACUGUCUUAGCCGCAUUUCUCACUUUCUCACCUUCCCAAGAAUUGAAAGUGGUGGCAUUGGGGACAGGAACUAAGUGUAUUGGUCGUUCUCGUUUAAGUGUUCGCGGCGAUGUUUUGAAUGAUUCUCAUGCCGAGAUUAUUGCUAGAAGAGCAUUACUUAGGCACUUCUAUUCAGAGAUUCAAAAGGGUAACACGCAGUUUCCAGGCACUGCUGCCACAGACUCCCUCUUCUAUCAGGAGGCAGGUGGUUUUGGCAAUGGCAAGUACAAGAUGAGACCGGGUUGGCAAUUGCAUUUAUACAUAUCACAGUUGCCUUGCGGAGAUGCCUCCCUCAAUUCACAGAUUUUACCUUGCUUAAAUAGUUCGAUAAAAGAAGGUUGUGCAAUAUCUUCGACAAGCAAACUGAAUGAUCUCAUGGAGGAAUUUUUGGAGUCAGCCAUGAAGAACAAUGGUGAUUGUUCACAGGUCAGAGGCACUGUUCAAAGGAAACCUGGUCGUGGCGAUGCAACUUUGUCAGUGAGUUGUUCUGAUAAAAUUUCUCGCUGGAAUGUUGUUGGCAUUCAAGGGGCGUUACUUUCUCACAUUCUGCAGCCAGUUUACAUUUCAUCAAUCACUGUUGGGCAAUCUCGUGUUUGUUCUGACAAGGAAGUAGAAGACCAGUUGACAAGGGCUUUGAGUGAUAGAAUCCUACCAUUAUCAAAGAAACUAACAAGUCCGUUUAAAGUGAAUAAGCCGACAUUUUCUGUAGCUUCGGUACCUCUAGAGGUGUUUCGUCAUGCUGAAACUGCCACAUCCACUUUAACAUGCGGAUAUUCUAUCAGCUGGAAUAAGUCCGGCCUGCAUGAAGUCAUUCUUGGAACCACUGGUCGAAAACAGGGGACAUCUGCAAAAGGUGCCAUGCACCCCUCUUCAGAGUCAACUUUAUGCAAGAAGAGAAUGUUGGAGUCAUUCUUGUCACUCGGCCGGUCUUUAGCCAACUUUCCGUUGAGCGAAACAUCAUAUCAGAGACUAAAGGAAAAGGCCGAAGAAUAUAAUUCAGCCUUAAAAGUAUUUAAAGAAAGCCCGCAGUUUAGCAAUUGGCUCGAGAAGCCAUUAAAGUUUGAGCCUCCUGUUCUUAUAGGACUAUGAGUUAAACUUCAGAUGGCUGAGCUGCCAUUGGACCUGUUGAGAUGGCUUCUUUUCCAAGGCCUGAAGUCUCGUUUCUUAUGCAUCUUCUUUGCUAUAUUAUCUCUUAGCUCAAUUUUUUGUCCUUUUCUAAAGGUUUGUUUUGCAUGUAAUUUUAAGUUGUAAAAUCUACUUUCAUCAAAAGAAUACCUUGCAAUUCAAUUUAGUUAUUUUUGUUUA